GCGCGAGGCUGCGUCACUCUGUGACGACGCGUCACUACGUCAUGAAAACAGGGCGCGUGUGCGCUGGCGGCAGGUUUAAAGAGUCUGAGUUUGGAGCGCAGUGAGAAACUUCAGGGUGAAAUCCGGGAUUUAACGGCGGGAUUAUCGGAUUACUGAGGACAGGCGGGAUGUCGGAGGACAGCCUUCCCCUGCAGGAGCUCUCCUGCCAGAAGCGGUUCGGCAUCAAGCGGAAGAGCCUCGGUUCCGAGUCCACUCCGACCGACCUGGUGCUGCUGCGCUCCCCGCGGCCCAAGCAGCCCUGGCCGGCCUGCCUGGGGAAGGAGAACCAGGAGGGCCGGUUCGUCCUGGCCCGGAGGUCCCGGAGGAGGCGGCGGUCCGGCUCAGGUGUUUCCUGGGAUCACCUGCCGGACGAGCUGCUGCUGCGGAUCUGCGGCUGCCUCCCGCUGCCGGACCUGCUGCGGGUUUCUGCGGUUUGCCGCCGCUGGCGCCGCCUGGCGCUGGACGAGUCCCUGUGGGUCAGUGUGGACCUGGAGGGCCUGACCCAAACAGGCCCGGCUCUGCGUUUGGUUCUGAGGACCGGGGUCCAGAGGCUGCGCUGCCCGCGGGCGUUUGUUGAGGAACUGGACCUCUCAGAACCCGGGCGGCUCCAGCUGGUGGAUCUGGACCUGUCCGGUUCCGUGGUUUCCCCCUCGGCGCUGCGCAGCGUCGUCUGCCGCUGCAGCCGGCUGCGCCGCCUCAGCCUGGAGGCGCUGCCGCUGUCUGAUGACGUGCUCAGCUGCCUGGCCCAGAACCCGGACCUGCUGCAGCUCAACCUGGGCGGCUGCUCCGGAUUCUCCGCCGCCGCUCUGGCUGCCAUGCUGGACUCCUGCCGCAGGUUGGAGCAGCUCAACAUCUCCUGGUGCAGCUUCAGCAGGAACCACGUCCAGAACCUGGUGGAGACGCUGAGCCCCUCCGUCACACACCUGAACCUGAGCGGCUACCGGGACAGCCUGGCGCUGGACGAUGUGAAGGUUCUGGUGGACCGAUGUCCGGACCUGCAGACGUUGGAUCUCAGCGACAGCACGCUGCUGACGGCCGACAGCUUCCUGGUCCUGAAGCGGCUGAAGAAGCUGCUCCACCUGUCGCUGAGCCGCUGCUACCACAUCCACCUGGCGGCGCUGUGUGACCUCGGGAAGGCGAUCCCGUCGCUGCGGUUCCUGGACGUGUUCGGUCUGGUCCAGGACGGCCAGCUGGCGGCGCUGCAGGACGACUCGCCGCGGCUCGCCAUCAACGCCCGGCCGUUCUCCGCCGUGGCCCGGCCCACUCCGGCCGGCGCCGCCCAGCCCGACCGCACCAUGUGGGGCCGCGGCUGCAGACUGAAGGUCCGGUUCUGACCGGAGCGGCGGGUUCCUGGUUCUGUUCAGUGUUCCUGGUACCGGGGGCCAGACGAUGGACUCGGCCUCCUGUUGGGCGACCCGGCUGCUGUUGGACUCUGCCGGUUCUGAUGACAUUAAAGUUCUGGACUGUCUGCUGUAAUAAUGACUCAACGCUGGAAUCACCGAACGAUUUUAAUGGAAGAGGAGGUUCUGGUUCCGACGGGUCCAAAGACGACCUGAAUCAUUUCCAAUCAAAACCGGGAGAUUAAACACGGAUCCGUUCGGUUCCGAUCCAGUUUUAUACUUGAAAAUGUUGACUGAUUUUGUCUGAAUCGUGUUUGUAUUAAACUCUGGAAGCUGU